AUGACCCGCAGGCUAACCCAGCUGGAGUUCGCUAAUUCGCCCGCGUUACUGGGCGAAGUGAUUCGCGAAGAGAGCGACGGCACGUGUUACACAUUGGCGCUGGUCCAUCGGCACAUAGCGAACGAGGGCGACGCCUGGUCUUGGACCCUGGACUAUCUCAAACGGACGCUGGAUAACGCUACGCGGCUUACCGGCGCCUCUGGCGCGUCACUGGAAGAAUACGAUGCGGAACUAGCUGGUUACGCCGCCAUGGCCAGUACCAUAGGCAGGCGGCUGGCGGAGCUGCAUAGCGCGCUCGCCGCGCCUGCUGACGAUCCAGCCUUCAGCCCCGAGCGCGCCGAUUCUGCCCAAGCCCAGCAGCAUGCGGCGCAGGCUAUCGCAACGCUGCACGACGCGCUCCGGGUUUUGGCCGAGCACCGCCGCGGCGGCGGCGGCAAACUUGACGGCCGCACGCUCGCUGCCGCCUACGCUGACGCCGACGCCGCCGAAUGGCUGGAAAACCACGUCGAACCGUUGACGCAAGCGAUACGCGAGCGCGCGUGCCUGGAGCAAGAUUCGCUGUACCUGCGUAUUCACGGUGACCUCCAUCUGGGGCAGGUUUUGGUCGCGCGCAGCACCGACUCUUGCACCCACAUCGACGACGCUUGCCUCGUUGAUUUCGAAGGCGAGCCGGCCCGUCCGUUUGCCGAGCGGCGCACCAAGACCACCCCCUUACGCGACGUGGCGGGGCUGCUGCGCUCAUUCGAUUACGCCGCUGCCGUGCUGAGCCCACCGGGUCCGUUGGGGUCUGCUCUGCUCACCGCUUGCGCCACCGAGACGUUGGGGAUCGUGAAUAAGCCUAUGGUCUCGGAACCAGCGCCUCAGCUGCACGCCUCACCUAUUUUUGAGACGUCUCAAAAGUCGGGUCCGCUCACCGGCCCUGCUUGCACCACCGAGACGUUCGGGAUCAUGAAGAAGCCUAUGGUCUCGGAACCUGCGCCUCAGCUACGCGCCCCACCUGAACCGGCGCCGCCUCAGCUACUACGCCGGGAAGCCUUGCUCUCGCGCUUUAUUCAGCAUGCGCGCAGUGCGUUUAUGCAGGGGUACCAUGCGGUGGCCCACCAGGCGCCCCACCCGUGGCUCAAGCCAGGCGCGGAGCAGAGCCUGCUGGAACUGGCGUUGCUCGAAAGAGCGGCCUAUGAAGCCACAGCCGUGACUGGGUGGGGGAAGGUGGGAAGGGUUGCGAGGAGCAUGGUGGUGUGGGAGGAGGGAGGGGAGGUGGUGGAGGGAGUGGUGGAGGGUGGCUGUUCAAUGACUUGCCACACCUUGACCUGCAUUGUGGGGGGGUGGGGGUUUGUGGGGAGAGAGUGGGAAUGUUGA